CUUCUUUUGUAGAAGUCGAGCAUUUAAUACUUAAAUUUACAAUGGCUUCCCCAAGAUCUCAACAUUCCAGAUCACCUUCUCCUCGCCGCCGUUCUACUUCAAGAGGCCGUUCACACUCACCACGCUCCAAAUCUCCUACUCGCCGUAGCCGUUCACGAUCUGCUAGUCCAGAGCAUCUGCAUUCGAUUCUUGUCACCAAUUUGACGCGCAAUGUAAAAGAAGAACAUAUAAGAGAGAUUUUUAGUCAGUUUGGUAAAAUUACUCACCUUGAAUUCCCUUUCAACAAAACCUUAAAUACCAACAAGGGAAAAGCAUAUAUUGAUUUUGAAACACAAGAAGACGCUGAUAAAGCUUUAAGUUAUAUGGAUAAUGUAAUUAUAUAUAUUAUUUAUUUGGAAAAAUGAUUAACAAUUGAUGUAUAUGUUUAGGCGCAAUUAGAUGGUAAAAGACUUGAUUGUGUUGUAGCUCCUAAAUAUCGUAAAAGAUCACCUUCACCUCGUAGAGGUA